AGAGGCAGUAGAGGAUGUAGGGAGGGAGGAGGAGGAGGAGGGGGUUGUCCUUAGUGUGAUGUGAAUGGAAUAGAGGCAGUGUGCUCGAGAGCGAGAGACAAAGUGAAAUAGAGAGAGAGAGAGAGAGAGAGAGAGAGAGAGAGUACAAAUCAACCUGCCUCGGUCAGAACAACAGGGAUGAGGACACAAUACGGCUGAGAGAACGGGCAGGCUUUUUCUUGUUCCGUGGAUACAUAGCACCCACUGACAGAGAGAAAAGAGAGGGAGGACGGAGGGAGGUGAGACAGAGAGGGCUAGAGAGAGAGAGAGAGAGAGAGAGAGAGAGCAAAAAUGCUGUCACUGGGGGAAGGGGGGAGACGACAGCAGGCUGGAAGAAGACAAGGUCCAGCAGACAUAUGGAGGAUGCUAACAUGUAACUGGCAGUGAUGAUCAAGAGCGCAUGAGUGUCUGGAGCCUCUGGAGAGACUAGUUGGCUUCAUCAGGAAUCAAGUGCCCCCUCUGCCUCAACCUGGAGCACACUUUCAUAUCUGGGUGGAUUCUGCAUUAGCGAGUAAUGAGGAGGCAGCAGACAUCUCCUGUUCAAGCUUGUUCAAAGUAAUGAGACACAGCUGUCUUGCUGCGACAUGCCCACAAUGACUUCCUGAGUCUUCCUAGUAGUGCUAGAGACUGCAAGAGGCUGUCCUCUGUGAGUUGUGGACAGGUUCAUUUGUAACAGAGGCAUGACCUCUCCUUUGUACCUUGUGCACAUGUAUCAGUCAACUAGUUCCUCCGCAGCAACUCACCAGUCAACCCACAGUAAGAGAGAGGGGUAGCCGGGGUAGAGAAGAGAGACCUAAAGGAAGUCUGAGGGAUUGUCUUGAGUGGACAAGUGCACCAUGCAGUCGGACGACCUUUUCAUCCGCAAGUUUCGCCGGCAAAGCCCGCGCCCAAACCUGGCCGCCGUGAGCUUCGACCCCAGGCGGGAAAAUGGAGUGCGGGCACAAGGGGUGGCCGAGUGGCCGCCCAGGAGGGAGGGUGAGGGGACAGAGGGCGAGAGCGUGAUGCCCAGCAGGGUUGGGCUCAACCUGCGUUCAGUUGGGAGGGGACACAUCAUGCAGCGCAGCAAUAGCGACGUAACCCUGGGGGACCUAGACUCUGCGGGAAAGGUCGGGGUGAAAGUUGCCCGGACUGUGGGUGAGAACACAGGACCGGGAGGUCAGGGGGAACCUGGUGUGGUCCUCCAUCGAGAAUAUGGGAGUCUCUCAUCUCUGGAGAGGCAGAGUCGACCUGUCGAGCCAUGUUCAGAGGACCAGGGAGUCCUCAGUCCCAGCGCUAUGCGCUUCAAGGAUCCCUUCCUCUUACUUGGCCUCCAGGAGACCCCACCUGAGCCAGACGGCUUUUUCCGAGCCCUGUCCGCACCUGCUGGGGAUACUCCAAAACCAGCCAAACCCCCGAAGCCUGAGUCACUAGGGAAGAAGGCAAAGCCAUCUUCUCCUCAGAUUUUUCCUGAACAGCCAGUUGGUGGAGGUUGGGUGCGCAACUUCGCCCAUUAUGACGUGCAGAGCAUCCUGUUCGACUUGACCGAGGCGGCUACCAACAGGGACAGUGUGGGCCGCAAGAAGAACAUUACCUCUGGGGCCUCGGCCGCCUCACAGCUCCGCCCCCUGUCACAAACCGCGCCCUCUUCUCCUUCCCUGGGUGGAGGAGGAGGGGGUGGAACAGCAGGUGGCUCCAGCGUUGAGGAGCCUGAGCAGGCCCUGCUGGAUGAAGGGGAUGGCAAUGACAACGACCUAUUGCUCAGCUGCCCACAUUUCCGCAACGAGAUGGGUGGAGAGGAAAGGGCCGGGCUAGGCAUGGCCCGAGGUGCCGGCGGCCGCUGGAGGAGUCUGCAGAGUCCCAACGACGCCGUGUCUGUGCUAGAGGAGCCUCGAGAGAGCCAUAUCCAGCAACAGGGAAAGAGCAACUACUUCAUAGAGCAUGCGGACCUGGGUGCCCGCUACUACCACAAAUACUUCUACAUGAAAGACCAUCAAAACUUCUUUGGCAUGGAUGAGCGAUUGGGGCCAGUGGCCAUCAGUUUCCGCCGUGAGGAGAAGGAAGCGUCCAGCGGAGCUCAGUACAACUACAGGAUCAUAUUCAGGACCACAGAGCUGAAGACUCUUCGUGGUUCGAUCCUGGAGGAGUCAGUGCCAUCUGCAGCGCGACACACGACCCCUCGAGGGAUCUCUCCAAAGAGACUGCUGGAGUUCAUCCUGCCGGAUCUUAACCUGCACUGUCUGAGGCUGGCCUCCACCUCGCCCAAAGUCCGCGACACACUGCUCAAACUGGACGAGCAAGGGCUGAAUUUCCAGCGGAAAGUGGGAGUGAUGUACUGUCGGGCUGGGCAGAGCACGGAGGAGGACAUGUAUAAUAACGAGAGCGCCGGGCCGGCCUUCGACGAGUUCCUGGACCUGCUGGGGGAGAGAGUGCGACUGAAAGGCUGGGAGAAAUACAGAGCGCAGCUCGACACCAAGACGGAUUCCACGGGGACACACUCCCUGUACACGCGCUAUCAAGACUAUGAGAUCAUGUUCCACGUUUCCACCAUGCUCCCCUACACAGCCAACAACAGACAACAGCUACUAAGGAAGAGGCACAUAGGGAACGACAUCGUAACGAUAGUCUUCCAGGAGCCCGGCGCGCUGCCGUUCACACCCAAAGCCAUCCGUUCCCACUUCCAGCACGUCUUCAUCAUUGUCCAGGUUCACGAGCCCUGCACGGAAAACACCUAUUACAGAGUCGCUGUAACUCGCUCGAAGGACAUCCCUCUGUUCGGCCCUCUCUUCCCCAAAGGCGCCCGUUUCCCGCGCUCUCCAGCCUUCCGUGACUUCCUGCUGGCCAAGGCCAUCAACGCAGAGAAUGCGGCCGAGAAGUCAGAGAAGUUCCGCUCCAUGGCCACACGAACGCGGCAGGAGUACCUGAAGGACCUGGCGGAGAAUUACGUCACCACCACGCCCAUCGACUCUUCCACCAAGUUCCCCCUGCUGUCGCUGGGUGGCAAGCGCAAGGACAAGCUGAAGGGGGCCAAGGGGGCGGAGCUCCAUAGCGCAGGGGCCCUGGUCUGGGCUGUCUGCGGCACUCAGGAAAACGGCGGGCCGAAGCUGCCCUGCCUGCUGGGCGUUUCUGCCGAAUCAGUGGUGCUGAUUGAGCGCUUCACAAAGAGGGUGGUCUUCAACUGCUCCUGCCGUGAUGUGAUUGGCUGGAAGGCAGUGACUGAGGCGGGGGCUAAGGGCGGUCCUUGCCUAGACAUCUUUUACGAGAGGGGGGAGGCAGUGUCCAUCACAGUGCUGGACAGUCAGGCGGAGGAUAUUAAAGAGGUGGUGCAGAGACUUGAGCUGGUGACACGGGGCUGCGAGGCGCGGGAGGUGACCCCUCUGCGGGACAGCGUGGGUCAGCCAGGCUUCCUGAUGAGCGAGGAGGGCUUUGUGACGGAUCUGCAGCGGUUCUGCUAUGCAGAGAGCGACGGGCUGCAGAAGGGGGCGCGUGUGGUACGCCUCUGCGGCCAGCCGCUGGUACACCUCAGCCAAGAGGAGAGGAGCAGGCUGCUGCGCACUGCCCCUAAAAUCCACAUCACCGUCAUCCCACCCGAUGAGAACGGCAAACCACGCAGGAGUUUCUCCGAGCUCUACCAGAAGUCCAUCCAGGAUGCGGAGAGCAAGUCCGGCGAGGGGCAGUCGGGCGAGGCCUGGGUGCUGGAUGAGCGGGAGGUGCAGGAAGAGCAGCAGGAGCAUGAGGAGAUUAAGGAGCUGGAAGAGGAGGAGCGGGAGCAGGGAGAGGGGGAGGAGUCAGUCAGCGUAACCAGGCCGGACGGGAGAGAAGCAGAGACGGAGGAGGAGGAGAGUGGGGAGGUGGGACAGGGGGGUUCCACCUGCCUCCUGUCCCCGCCCAGCCUGCCUCUGCUGCGUGCCACCUCUCUACAGGACAGUCCCCUGCCCCAGGGUCUGGAGGUCACCCCCACAGCCCUCAUACGCAGCUACUCACUGGAGAGACACCCACCCUACGAGGACAUCUUUGACGGUCAUGUGUACGAUAACGUUGGGCUGAAGGUGAAUAGGCACAUCUACGAGAACCCUGGAGAGCUGAAAGACGCCACCCCUGACCUUAUACUGGCAGUCAAACCGAAAGUGCCUCUGGAGGAGGAAGGACAGAUUGGAGUGGAUGAAGGGGGUGAGGAGAGGCCAUCGGGGAGUGACGUACUGCUCCGCUCAGCGUGUAUGGAGAGAGCUGAGAGGAACUCCAGAGCGCUGAGUCUUCAUAACUCCAUCACAAAGAUUCUUUCAGAAACUACAGAUUCAUCAGAGGAGGAGUGGCAGUCCAUUUCAGACCUGGCUACAGCCUGCAGGAGCAUUCUGGAAGCCUUGUCGCGAGAAGACCGGAAGGCGGGAGACGGCAGCCAGGCAGCAGCAGACACUGGGACCUUGCCGGGUCAGACAGAUGCCAAGCUCAAAGAUAUUAAAGACAGUGACUCACCUGGUCACCUGGAGGAGAAGGUGUCCCAGUUGGAGGCCAUGCUGAAACGACUACAGGAUGACCUCCAAAAGGAGAAAGAGGACAAGGCGGUGCUCCAGGCAGAGGUGCAGAGUCUGAGGCAGAACAACCAGCGGCUACAGGAGGAGUCGCAGACCACCGUGGCGCGCCUCAUCAAAGUCACCGAGCUGCUGUGCAAUGUCAACAAGCCCUGCUAGUAGAACGAGCCUGCAAGAAACACCCUUUUAGAGACCAGUGAAGAUCAGUACAAAUGUGAGCAAGUCCUGCUAGCAGUGCAAUCCAACCUGCAAGACCCAUAGAGACUCAUAGAGACCCCUAAGGAAUGACGCAAAUUUGUUAGCAAGCCCUGCUAACAAAGCAAGUCAUCUCAAACCUUAAAAGAUGGAUAUGUCCUUAAUUCCUGCUAGCAAAGUGUGCCAUCCAUAUCAGUUGUACAAGAUGUUGGCCAGUUAUGCUGUCCAAACCAAAAGAGCCCGUACAUAAACUCAUAAAGACUACUGAAGAACGACACACAUGCUAGCAAGGUCCACUAGCAAAGCAAGUCAACCAAAGUUACAUGAAAGACAGACAUAAACCUAUAAAUGGCGAUGUUGGCCACCCCUAACAACUCCAUAAGAAUGAUCCAAAUACUAGCAGGUCCAGCUAGCAAAGUAAGUAGCAACAUAUAAGGCGAGGAAGUAAGGGAUAUAUUAGCAUAUAGCAUCUAUAUUUGAAGAUGGGUAGGUCUACAUUGGGGGCAAACAUGCCAGCCUACAGGCCUGUAGAAAUAUCGCACAGAGACUGGUGUAGCCUAGCUGUGUCAGUAUAGUCAUAUAUUACUUCUAAAGAACCUUCAUUAUAAGAGCAAAAUGGAACCCCAGAGCCUGUAUUUAGCUCCAGGCCUGCUGAAAUGAAGAAUUUGAUGCUAAGCUUUGGUUCCACUAGUGGUUUCACAGAAUCAAGGGCACUUUUUUCUUGUCAAACCUCAUUAAAUCCAGCAUUGUGGACUUUUGGUGACAUUGAUAGACAUCUACAGUGAACAGGGCCAGCCAGGAAUUUGUAGUCCAACCUAAAAUGAAGACAUUUCUGAUAAUGAAUGACAGUUAGGUGUUCGUUUAGCAUAAUGAGAUCAUGCUAAGUUGUCCCCAGUAGCUUUCGUUUGUUGUUAGCGAAGUUAGCCUUUCUGGAACAAGUGUUCCUUUAAGGGAAUAUAAGGGAUUUUUUUCUAUGCUCUUAUUAAUGAUUCAUUGAACACCUUUAAACAGUUCCUGCUGAUGUUGAAAGACCCAUUAAUAUUCACAAAUCUGGACAUAUCUAUACAGUAUGUUGUUGAGAAAUCAGCAUGGACAAGACUUCUCAAAGCUUCUCAGAGUAGGAAUGCUAAUUCAGGAUUGGUUCCGAUCUGUAAGGUCAUAGCAAACAAGAGAGACAUCCUAGAUCAGCAUGUCUCCUCUGAGAAGCUUUAUGAAUAUGGGCCUUGCUCACAUAACUAUGGUGCCCAUCUUUCAAAUAGAUUCCUAGGUCUAGUUUGUCCUUGAAUCUAGUUUGGCGCCUCAGAUUAGCUGCUAGUCCAUCAUCAUCCUGCCCAUAAGCUAAUAUCAGCCACCAGUAUUACUCUGGGCACUUUUGCAAAAUGGUGAAAAUGGGGGCAUUGCUAUUAGCAUGCUACUUGAUUAGCGUGUAUCUGCUAUCAUGUUAAUGUGUCUGGCUGACUGUAGGUUAUUUCAUAACUACAGAUUUUCUAUAAUUUUAGAAAAGUCUAGCGACAACAACAACAAGGUCAGGACUAGAAGGCUGAGCCAGUUUUGUAUCAGUUUAUUGACCAACCACAGCUUUUUAUUUCUCUAAUUUAGCUAAUUUAUAGCUAAUUUUUAGACCUGGACACCUCUGCAGAAUUCUCUAUCCUCUUUGCCUCCUACACUUCCAUCUCUCCUUCCCUAUGGUUGGCUUUGCGGUGUUGCCAACUCCUACACAGAUGGACACUGCAGGGGUGGCCAAACAGCUGCAGGACAUAUUAAAAUGGAAGGGAAUUGAGCAUCUAUGGACCUGAAUCAUCUGCUUCUGAAAGACAACCUAGCCUGGCACCUUCUCUUACCUUCUCUCAGUAUCAUUGACAAUGAAUGGACCUUCUGCAAGCCUCAAAAUGAAGGACUAAAUAAAAUGGCCUCUUCUCGCGUAUGUAAGAUAAUGUGAAAACCUGUCAAAAAAAGCUAUUUGCAAACUAAACAUUGCGAACACUUAAACUCCAAGGGAGUGGAUUUGUACUUGGGAUAAAUUGGGAUGCAGCUUCUGUUACUGGAAGGAAAGACUCCGCUCGCUGGACAUGAAGGGAACUGCGUCUGACCACAAAGGGAAACUUGACUUGAAAUAGAUGGGAUUCCUGCAUCUAAUGACAAGACUGAGCCUUUUUUUGCUGUAUUCAAAGACAUUUCUAGAAGUCUACUGAUAUUGUAUGGUAUUUGCUUUCGGUAAGUGACUGCUGGCUCAAGAUGUAAACUCCACGUUAGCCUCUUGCGUGUGCUUUAAUUCGCUCAUGCCGGAAUGGACUGUCUGCUUGGGACGUUGCACACGUGUACAUUUACAAUUGUUCCUUUUUAUCGCCCCUGCACAUCACUUAUACAUCGAAGUACUCGCACUUCUUACCUCACGUCAGAUCCACUGAUGGUGACAUCACAAUGUGACAUAAAAAGCAAGAAAAGAAACAAACUCUUGCCUUGUUGCCAGUGCAAACCCUCCACCGCAAGGCACGUGUGCACCCUGGACUAAACUUGACCAAAACAGACAGGCAUACACACACAUACAUGCAAAGGGAUGCCAAGAGAAAUGUUGAAGAACCCGGUCAACGCGUCUGUAUGUUGUACAUAGUCUUUUAAGCUCCUCCUCUUGUUAUUUUAGAGUCACUGUGAUAAGCCGGUACCAGCAGAUUCUCAUAUAAUGAAGAUUAAAUUAUAACUCUUUAUCUUUAUGUCUUAUGUGAAGAUGUACAGCCAAAACAAUUCAGUGUUACUUCCCUCUGAGGCUCCACAGCUAGACCGAAACAGGUCUGGCCUAGCAUUCUCAGUCAAGCGUUGGCCAGUUACGGAGUUAUAGGACCUGUAACGCUGCGCAACGGUUUAGAUUUCUGUGAGAAUGUGGAGUUCAGGCUUAAAGGAAUGGACAAAUUCAAAUUUACACAAUUUUCUACUUAGUCUAGAUGUAAUCAACCAGCCAAGGCACACUUGGUGUCCAAAUUUUGCUUCUUUCAUUUAAAAAUGGAGCUACGAGGCUAAUGUUACUAACAACACUGGAAGUCAAUGGUCACUGAAACAUUUUCUUUAAAUACGUCCAUAAACUUUUUCUCAGCUUGCUCAAACUGCCUCCAGAUCUUCAAUAAGUUCAGAUGGACUUGUCAGUGUUGUUUAGACCAAAGUAUGACUUAAUGUGAACUAGAAAAAUGACCAAAACUUCAUUGUGUAGCUGGACACUGUGGAAAAAGCCAUUUUUUUACCUUGCUUUUUUAACAUGCCCUCACCCACCUUAACUCAUCACACCUGAUUGAAUGGUCACUCAAUCGGAAUGCACUUCAAUGAUGUUAGCCUCAGUGAGCUAAUCAUCUAGCCAUGCAAACUUUGCAAUGCAAAAUGUUUUUUUUUUUGAGAAGUUUGAAAACAACAUAGAUACAAUUUGUGAAUCAUUGCUUUGUCUGGCUAUAAACGUGAUGCAGAGCCGCGGUGUAGUGCCUUUCUUUUUGUUGUUGUUAGCCAUGUAGGCUUUAGCAUGCUAACUAGCAAGCUAGCACAGUAAUGAAGUUGUAUGUCAUGUAUAAUAAGAGUAAUUUGUGGCUAAAGCCCAGCAAAUUGAAUGCUGUGGUUUUAAAAUAUUAAGCAUUUUGAAGUAGUUUACUGCUAUGGCUUAUAAACAGCGUUGUCCAGCAUUAUUUUCAGGUUCGAAAAGGGAACGAUUUUUGCGGCUAAGGGCUCAUCUAACACACUGCUAAAGUAAAGGUCCUUAAGAUGGCGUCAGGGGAUUCUUCCGAGUAAAAAAUUGGCCAGGCAAAGUGGAUGAGGGCUUGUUAAAACUGGUAUUAAAAGGGCGGCAGGUGUUAUGCUGAAUUCCGACUCUCCUUCAUGUGCACAACGACAUGCAGGCAUACAAAUGCUAAACAUUUCGUUCACGAUUAUUUCUUUAUAAAUAGCUGUUAAACCUGAAUUUUUUAAGCUGAAGAUAUAUGUUUAUAAAUAGAAACAGCAGAACUCAAGAUUGUAAUCUAGUGACCGUACAACACAGUACCUGUUGUCUAAAAUUGCUUUAGCUACAGUGAAGUUUUGCUCGUUUUAUUGUAAUAAACAUCCUUAAGCCAUAUCAGCCAGUCCGCAGUACCUUAAUGAAGAUCUGAAUGCAGUUUGAACUGCUUGUGAGAGGUUUUGGGAUGUAUUUACAGAAAAGAUUGGGGUGACUAUUGACUUCUGUUGUUUGUUAGCAACGUUAGCCUCAUAACUCCAGUUUAAAACUGUAGAAGCAAAAAUUGUCACAACAAACACACCUCGGCCGAUCAUCUACAUCUGGAGAUGUAUGUGCUGAAUUGUGUACGUUUGACUUUUAAUCAAACUAUUCCUUUAAUAUCAUCAAAGUGUGCUCAGGCAGGUUUAAUGCAAGCCCUCUCCAGUGAUGCAUUGUGGUAUAUAUUUAGCCAAAUGCUAAUGUAAAAGAACUCUUUUUCCUGUUCAAUUGUGUGUCUCAUAGUUUUAGAGAAUGUUGGGGGGUUGGCAAUUACGGGAAUGCGCCAAGCAACUUCCAGUUCCCCUCUGUAUGUGUGUAUGUAUGUAAAAAAAAUGUAAUAACUUAUUAAUCUUGCAAAUGUGGAUUUUAUUGUUGGAUGUCUUUGAACUAGAGGGGUGGGGACGUUAAUUGACGAACUACUGACUGGGCAGGUAUAAGGUUAUCAGCGUUUUGUUUUUUCCUUUCUCUCUUUUCUAGAAAUUUUAUUUUGUAAGAGCUCAAAUGUAACUUGAUCACAAUGCAAAGG